ACUUGUCUUCUCUCUGACUCACUAUAUAAUUUUUUUUUUUCUUUUUGCUCUUCUCCGCCUUCUCCUCUCUCUAAAGAUUAAAACUUUAGUUGUUGUUGGCGAAGACAAAGGGCAGCCUUUCGGAGAUCUCAAGGGCCUGACCUCUCGAUAAUUCCGAAGUUGUUUUAGCAUUUCCCUGAUAGCCAUAGCCAUCUUCUAUUCAUCUCCUUUAGAAUACUAAUUCCUCACCUCCGUUAAAUUUCUUGAUUGAUUGACAAAGAAAAGGAGGUUAAUCUAGAGGGAGUAAUUCAAAUAUUUAGAAACAGAAAUGGCUACACUUUCUUCAAUACAUUGCCGUUCUUAUUCAUAUUCAAGUUCUUUAUUUUCUUCUUCUUCAUCAUCCAUUAAUGGACAGCAAUUUGAGCGCAUAAACUUCUCUUCUUCUGGGAUUUCAAAGAGGUUUUUACCAGUUAAGGUCUCCUUACAAUCGCAGAAGAAUUCUUACCAAGAUGUGGUUCUCAUGCAAGAUGGUGCAGUCGCCACUCCGGUAAACCCAGCAGGAAAUGAAAUUUCUUUCAAGGAUGUGAAAGAUGGGCUGUUGUCUUCAAUAAAAUCUGCUGAAGAAUUAAGACAAGUAGCUGAUUUUGAUGCAAAUAAAAAUGAGUCAACUGUCAGUAUCACUGUGGUUGGAGCCUCUGGGGACCUUGCCAAGAAAAAGAUAUUUCCUGCACUUUUUGCACUUUAUUAUGAGGAUUGUCUCCCCGAGCACUUCACCGUGUUUGGUUAUGCUCGGAGUAAGAUGACUGAUGCUGAACUUAGAGACAUGGUUAGCAAGACUUUGACUUGCAGAAUUGAUAAGAGGGAAAACUGUGGUGAAAAGAUGGAACAGUUUCUUAAGAGAUGUUUCUACCAUUCUGGUCAGUAUGAUUCUGCUGAAAAUUUUGCAGAACUAGACAAGAAGUUGAAAGAACAUGAGGGUGGAAGACUUUCCAAUCGCCUCUUUUAUCUAUCAAUCCCUCCAAACAUUUUUAUUGAUGCAGUAAAGUGUGCAAGCUCAUCAGCUUCAUCUGGUAAUGGCUGGACCAGGGUCAUUGUUGAGAAACCCUUUGGCCGAGAUUCAGAAUCCUCAGCUGCUUUGACAAAAGCGCUCAAGCAAUACCUAGAAGAGGAUCAAAUAUUUAGGAUUGACCAUUAUCUUGGAAAAGAACUGGUGGAAAACCUAUCUGUUCUCCGCUUCUCCAAUCUUAUUUUUGAACCCUUGUGGUCGAGGCAGUAUAUUAGGAAUGUACAAUUAAUAUUUUCUGAAGAUUUUGGCACUGAAGGACGUGGAGGGUACUUCGACCAUUAUGGGAUAAUAAGAGAUAUAAUGCAGAACCAUCUGCUUCAAAUACUUGCCCUCUUUGCCAUGGAAACCCCUGUCAGUUUGGAUGCAGAAGAUAUCAGAAAUGAAAAGGUUAAAGUUUUACGAUCAAUGAGGCCUAUUGGACUCGAAGAUGUGGUCAUUGGGCAGUACAAGAGUCACACCAAAGGAGGAAUCACUUACCCAGCCUAUACUGAUGAUAAGACGGUGCCAAAAGACAGCUUAACUCCAACAUUUGCCGCUGCUGCCCUUUUCAUAGACAAUGCUAGAUGGGAUGGAGUACCUUUCCUUAUGAAAGCUGGCAAAGCAUUACAUAAUAAGAGGGCUGAGAUACGUGUACAGUUCAGGCAUGUGCCUGGUAACUUAUACAACCGGAACUUUGGAACAGAUCUUGAUCGAGCUACAAAUGAGCUUGUUAUCAGAGUGCAACCAGAUGAAGCUAUCUAUUUGAAGAUCAACAACAAGGUCCCAGGGUUGGGAAUGAGAUUGGACCGUAGCAAUCUAAACCUUCACUAUGCAGCAAGAUACUCAAAGGAGAUUCCAGAUGCAUAUGAGAGGCUCUUGCUGGAUGCCAUUGAAGGGGAAAGAAGGCUAUUUAUCAGAAGUGACGAACUGGACGCUGCUUGGUCAUUGUUCACUCCCGUUCUGAAGGAGCUUGAAGAGAAAAAGAUUAUACCGGAAUAUUAUCCAUACGGUAGUCGGGGCCCUGUUGGGGCUCAUUAUCUGGCAGCAAGAUACAAUGUAAGAUGGGGUGACCUUGGUGUAGAGCAGUAAAUCUGAAAAAUGUUGUUUGGCAUUGCUAUUGAAGUAGGAUAGGGAAAGCAUAGAGAUUCUUGAUUCUUACUGUGUUUUUAUAAAGGAAAGGCUUAGAUACAGAAUUCUCAUAAACAAACUCCAUUGGAGCUCAGCAAAAGCACAAUGUAUCAAGGGACAUAAGGAUUUUCCUUACCACAUUUGAGUUGCCACAUAAUCAACGUUGUACUUCUCCAUGAUGGUAAAUUACAAGAAAGUGCACUCAACGUUUCCUUGUAGUCUGCCCAUAAAAGGGAAAAAUUUUUAUGGACAGGAGAACUUUUCCCUGCUACCUGUAAAAUUUGUAACUUCAACGGAAAGGGUAAAAGUAAAACCUUUUCCUUGUUCAAUAAAGCUGAAAGACAUUAUCUUCUAUGACAAA